AUGCCUGCCGUCCAGCUCUCCACCUCGUGGCCCUUUGCCGCCCUGGUCGGUGCCGUCUCGGUCGGCUACACCUUGCUCUCUCAGCCCAUCAAGACCUCGGGCGGUCAGAGCACUGCCCGUAACUGGGCAUCCUGGUCCAAACGCUUCGACGACGUCGACUUUUGGAUGAAGAUGGCCUUUCCGAUGUACAUGCUCCAUCAAUUCGAAGAGUACGGAAUCGAUCUUCGCGGCAGACACUUCUUCUUUAUCGAGACGCUGUGCGGACAACUGGGCUACCCUCUGGCUUCCUGCCCCAUCAGGCCUUGGCACCUCACCUACGUCAACUGCGGUCUUGUCAUCUGCAGUGCUCUUCGCUGCCGUCUCCGCAACGCUGCUCCCGUCCUCGGCUCCAACUUUUACGGCAUGUGCACCAUCAACGCCCUGAUCCACAUCUCGUUCUGCAUCCGAGCCGGUGAAUACUACAACGGCGGACUCGCUACUGCCAUCCUCAUGUUGUUCCCUAGCGGUAUCCUGUGCUUCCGCGCUCUGCUCAAGUCGGGCCAGGUUACGCGUGCUGGCGUCGCGAGGAGCUUGCUGGUGGGAGUCGUCGCACACAUUGGUGUCCUGGGAGGAUUGAAGAGCAGGGCUGCCGGCUUGCUCACCGACGUCCCUUGGAUGAUCGAGGAGUUCCUUUCGCUCGUCGUGUUGAUGAACUUCCACCUCCCUGGCUUUUGA